AUGUCAGGAAUCGCAGACUCGGCCAAGAACCUGACCAGCCCACAGGGCAAGGCCGCCUCACAAUCAGAGCAGACAGAGAAAGCUCCCCAAACCCCACUGAACCAAUCAGCCCCGAGAUCCAUACCAGAUGUCUCUGAAUCGAAUCUGGGGGAGGAGAGCGGCGACAACGAAGGCGAGAUGGUGCCCGCAGCCGGCCGCAUCAACGAUAAAGGAGAAGUAAUCGACGACGACGGAAACACCAUCGGCAAAGUAACGGACGGAGAAGCAUCUAAAUUCAACGGCUACAUCGUCACACAAGAAGGGGAUAUCCUCGACGACGACGGCGGCGUCGUCGGCAAAGCACAGCCCCUGGACGAUGUAGCCUCCGAUCUAAACUAUACCACACGCUCCGCCAAGGACACCGUAACAGGUGAAGGCGACGAGGAACAGCAAGAAGGAGAAGGCGGCAUUGGCGGCGGUCUCGGAAGCGCGUUAGGGGGCGUCGCUAACACCGCGGGCUCUGCUGUCGGUGGAGCUACUGGCGCCGUUGGUGAUGUUGCCAAGGGCACCACUGGGGCUGUUGGUGACACCGUUAAGGGCGCUGCUGAUACCGCUGGUGAGGCCACCGGAACCCAGGACGCGACUGGAGCCGUUGGUGAUACUGCCAAGGGUGUCACGGAUACUGCUGGUGAUGCGGUCGAGGGCGCCACAGAUGCCGUUGGAGAUACCGCUGAAGGUGCAACUGGCGCUGUUGGAGACGCUGCACAAGGCGCGACGGAAGGUGUUGAAGGAGCUGCUCAAGAUACUACGAGCAAAGCCGGAGGCGCUGCCCAGGAUGCGACUGGCGAUGUCGAAGGCAUCGCGCAAGAUGCCACCGGCGAAGCUGGGGAUGCUGUCGAAGAUGCUCAAGAUAAUGUUGAGGGUGCUGCUCAGGACGCAACAGGCGAAGAUGUCCAAGAGGCGACAGGCGCUGUUGAUGAUGCUGCCGAGCGCGCAACAGGAGCUGCUCAAGAGGCAGCUGAAGGCGCUCCUUCAGCUGACCUUGGCUCCAAGGCACAAGGACUGACUGAACAGGCCCCCAUCCCUGAGGCCGACCUCCCAAACAUCCCUUCAUUGCCACCUUCAGUCAGAAAUAGAGUCAUUGCUCUAUUUGACGGCCCUUUCACCAUUGCAGACGGCGGAAAGGUCAAAGACCAAUCUGGCCAGGUGUUGGGCAAACUGUCAGCUGGCUCUGAUAUUCAGGAUCUCGUCGGUAAGAAUGUCAAGGGUAUCGAUGAAGAAGGAAACCUACUAGGCGAGAACGACACAGUUCUCGGCAAGAUCGACAUUGCACCAGAGGGAUCCAUGGCUGAAAAGGUCAAGAAAGAUGUCCCCGAGGCAGCAGACCGAUUGAAUGCCCUAGAGGAGGUUCAUAAGGCAGCACCCAUUCAAAUCCCAUCUUUCGCACCCUCAGUUGCCGAUAAGGUCAUCGCCAUGUUCCAGAGCCCUUUCAACAUCAACGAGAACGGCCAGGUGACCGACCAGAAUGGCAGAAUUCUGGGUAAGCUGGCUGAAGGACAGGACUACCACAGCCUAAUCGGCAAGGAUAUUAAGGGCAUCAAUGAGCACGGUCAACUUCUAGGAGACAACGAUACUGAACUCGGAAAGGUCAACCUCGUGCCUGAAGGCAGCAUCGUUGAACGCAUCAAGGAUGAAGUUCCAGAUGCUGCUGGGCGCCUAGAUGCCAUCGACGCCGCCAAGGAACAGGCUCAAGGUGGCGAGGGUGAACUCCCCGAUAUCUCUAUCCUUGAAGGUCUCAAAAUCAACAAGAUGGGCAAUGUCAUUGACCGAGACGGCAAUGUUGUCGGCAAGGUAAAGGAAGGUUCAGACUUGAAGAAGAUGGUUGGCCGGAUGCCCGACAAGAGCGGCAAAGUCUGGGAUGACCGCGGUAAUGUCAUCGGCGAGGUCGAGGUCCUACCAGAGCCCGAAAAGAGCGAACCUUCUGGUCCUUUCGAGGACUUCCCUGACGCGACUGUCGACAAGAACGGCAAGGUCAUUUUCGAGGGUCGCCAGGUCGGCGUUGUUGUCGGCGAUGACUGGCAGAACCUCAUCGGAAAGAAGGUCGAUGCCGAUGGUGACAUUCUAGAUAAGAAUGGCAACGUCAUUGGCCACGCUGAGCGCCAGGAAGAGGAAGAGCCACAAGAGCCUGAAGAGGCGCCCAUUGACUACUCCGUCCUCAAGGACAAGAAGGUCAACAAGCUCGGCAACGUCGUCGAUGACAAGGGUCAAGUCUGGGGCCAAGUAGUGCAAGGUAUCGUCAAACACCUGGCCGGUAAGAGGGUCGGCGACAACGGCGAGAUCUUCAACGACGCCGGAAAGGUCAUCGGCAAAGCCGAGCCCAUCCCAGACAGCGAGCGCGAGGAAGCCGAGGAGCCCUCACCAUUCGAAGACUUCCCCGGUGCUACCGUCGGCGACGACGGCGCUGUUUUGUUCAACGGCGAGCAGGUCGGUAUCGUGGUCGAGGGUGAUAUCAAGAAGCUCAAGGGCAAGCAAGUCGAUGCCGACGGCGAUAUCCUAGACCGCGCCGGUAACAAGCUAGGCCGCGCUGAACGCUGGGAGCCUGAACCUGAACCCGAAGAGGAGCAGAUCGACAUGUCUUCCCUCGCAGGCAAGCGCAUCAACAAAGCCGGAAACGCCGUUGACUCGCACGGCGAUAUUUACGGUCGCGUUAUCGAGGGCGCGUUACCCCGCCUUAUCGGAAAGAUGUGCGACAAGAACGGCUUCAUCCGCAACGAGGCCGGCGACGUCAUCGGCAAGUGCGAGCUCGUCCCUGAGGCUGAGCGCGAAGGCAUGAAGGAGGGUCCCUUCGCCGAACUCGAGGGAUGCGUCGUCACGAAAGAGGGCAAAGUCACCUCCGCCAACGGCCAAGUCGUCGGCCGCCUCGUCUCCGGCGACCCACAUGUCCUAGCGGGCCGUCCAGUCGACGCCGACGGCGACAUCCUCGACAAGAACGGCAACGUCCUCGGCCACGCCGAGCGGUGGGAGGAGCCCGAGGUCGAGAAGGACGUCAGCCCCAUGUCCGGCCGCAAGGUCAACCGCGAGGGCAACGUCGUCGGCGAGGACGGCGACAUCAUCGGCAAGCUUACGUCCGGCGAGCUGAGCGAGUGCGCGGGCAAGAAGAUCGACGACGACGCCGACGUGAUCGAUCAGAAGGGCAAUGUCCUCGGCCACUGCUCGCUGCUCAGCGAGAUCCCCGACGAGCCUGAGCCCGAGCCCGAGGAGACCGAGGAAGAGCGCCAGGCACGUCUGCAGCGGGAGCAGGAUGCUAAGAUCGCGGGCCAGAUCGCGUACUGCAUUGAACAAUCGCUUGAUAAGAUCAAGCCUAUCUGCCGUAUGAUCGCAGAGGCCAUCAACAUCGAAGAAGCCAAAUCCGAAGAAGACCGCGACGAAGAAGAGCUCGUGAACAAAGUGCGCCCACUCAUCGAAGAAGGCGGCAAGAUCCUGACGGAAGCCAACGGCGUGAUCCGCGGCCUGGACCCAGACGGCCGAAUCUCCGCCCAAGCCAAGCACCGCUCGGCCGGGCACGAAGCCACGCCCGAGGAAUACCAUCUCGCCGAGCUCCUGAAGGAACUCACAGGGACCGUGACGGAGACCAUCGAGAACGCGAAGCGCAAGCUCGAGAACCUGCCCAAGGCGAAGAAGAAGAUCAACCCCCUCUGGGGCCUCCUCUCCGAGCCCCUGUUCCAGAUCAUCGCCGCCGUCGGAUUAUUGCUCAGCGGCGUGCUGGGGCUCGUGGGCAAGUUGCUGAACGGGCUCGGCCUGGGCAAUCUCGUGGGGAACUUGUUGGGCGGUCUGGGAAUUAGUAAGGUCCUUGACGGGCUUGGACUGGGCACCGUCUUGAGUCCUAUUACGGGCGGUAGCAAGAAGAAAUAGAGGCGUGAUUUUCUUCACGGGAAUGAGUACGCUUUGCGCUUAAUACUUCUUACGAAUUUUUGGGAUGUUUACUUCUACUUGGGAUAUUAAUGUCAGAUGGGGGUUUUCUUACAUAUUUUCUUCUGGGAAUCUGGGAUUGGAAAUUCAAAAUAGUUACGGGUUUUACGAGUUAUAUGAUGUACUGUCAUGUAUAGGUUUCAUUUCAUCUAUCUAUUUCCUUUUGUCAAAGUCAGAAUUUCAUUACAUACUGUACUAUAAUCAAUGUAUCUAGUAUUCAUCAAAAUUUCCUCUUAUGUUCAAAGACAUCAUCCAAAUUAUCGCCUAGUGAUCUCACGAUGGUAUCCCACGAUGAUAACGAGCCCGCACACAUCUACC